AUGAACCGCAGACACCGGCAAGGAGCGGGCAGCGGCUGCCUGGCCCCCACCGUGGCGGUGAAGAGCAAGUUUGGAGCUGAAUUUCGUCGGUUUUCACUGGAAAUAUCAAAACCUGGAAAGUUUAAGGAGUUUUAUGGAUUACUGCAACAUGUUCAUAAGAUACCCGAUGUUGACAUUUUAGUAAGCUAUGCAGACAUCCAUGGAGAUGUACUGCCUAGAAAUAACGAUGCUAAUUAUCACAAAGCUGUUUCAGCGGCCAACCCACUGCUUAGGAUUUUUAUACAAAAAAAGGAAGAAGCAGACUACAGUGCCUUUGGUACAGGCACACUAAUAAAGAAGAAGAAUGUUUUAACCAAAUUGUUUCGUCCUGACAAACAGAGAAAAAAGCCACACAUAGUCAUUAGUAUGCCCCAGGACUUCAGACCUGUGUCUUCUGUUAUAGACGUGGAUAUUCUCCCAGAAACACAUCGUAGGGGCCGUUUUUACAAAUAUGGCACUGAGAAACACCUAGGAUUCUACAUCCGGGACGGCUCCAGUGUCAGGGUGACACUCCACGGCUUAGAGAAGGUCCCAAGGAUCUUUAUAUCCAGACUUGUGCCAGGAGGUCUGGCUCAAAGCACAGGACUAUUAGCCGUUAAUGAUGAAGUUUUAGAAGUUAAUGGCACAGAAGUUUCCGGGAAGAGUCUAGAUCAAGUAGCUGACAUGAUUGCAAACAGCCACGACCUCACCAUCACAGUGAGACCAGCAAACCAGAGGAAUAAGAUCAUUAGGAAGAGUCGGACUUCCGGCAGCUCUGGCUAGUCUACCGACAACAGCCUUCCUGGCUAUCCACAGCAGAUCGAACCGAGCUUUGAGCCAGAGGAUGAAGACAGCGAUGAAGAUGACAUUAUUAUUGAAGACAAUGGUGUGCCACAGCAGAGCCCUAAGGCUCUUCGUAACACCGAGAGCCUGGAAUCAUUAACACAAAUAGAACUCAGUUUUGAAUCUGGACAGAACGGUUUUAUUCCUUCUAAUGAAGUGAGCUUAGCACCCUUAGCAAGUGGCACAAAUACAGAAUUUGAAACGCGUGUUCCAGAUCAAAAACUCUUAGAAGAAGAUGGAACAAUCAUAACACUAUGA